AUGACUUCCUCAGCUGUAACUAUAGAAAGAGCCAACACCGGCCACUCGGUAUCUGGGCUGCAGCGCCGGACAAUGCGGGCGCGCGCAGAGGGCUCCAGGGACCCGCCAUCCCGCUGCCCUGCGCUGGGGGCACAGUGGGCCGGCGCGGGGACAGGCGGGCGGCACGCGGGUGGGCGCGGGACUGCGGCGGGGACCCCCGCGGCGCUCCCGGCCUCACCUGCGCGGCCGCCCACCGCCCGCGGUCCGCGAGAACAAAGGCGGGGGCGCCAGCCGGCCGCGCGCUCCAAGAUGGAGGGCGCCGGGGGCUCCGGCCGCCGCUGGGCCCACCUCGCCCCGGCCCGCCCCGCGCGGGCGCUUCCGCCGCCUCACCUGCCGCACCUAGGCCACCCGAACAUUGAGCGGACGUGCCCCGAGCCUCCGAGGGCGGCCCGGCGCCCGAGACGGAGGAGGGGCCUCCGGACCUCGAGCCCCCGCCCCCGCCCGCCCUCUGGCCCCGCGGGUCGCGCCCCUCACCCCGAGCGCGCGCCCCCCACUCCGCCCCCCAGGCCUCCGCGCGCCCCGAGCGUGAGCUCCGGCCCCGGCCCCCAGUACACUGCGCUCGGCUGGCGGCGCGAGGUCCUGAGCGCGCUCCCAGCCUCGGGGCGACUUGGGGAGCCCCGGGCGCGCGCCCCCGACCCCCCGCCUCUCCCCGCCCCUCCCACCGCCGGCGGCCGCGAGGUUGCAGCGCAAGUUUGCCAGUGGCCGGCGGCGGCGGGGCGCCGGGAGCCUCCCUCGCCCUCGGCCGGCCGGGGCUCCCCCGAGUGCAUGGGCGCAGGUCGGGCGGCCCUGGGGGCCUGA